CACCCGCCGGCUGCCUGUAAAGGAGGCGCGUCCAGUCACAUGCUUCUCGAAAACAAUAAUAAGAAGACGAGGAAGUCUUGGCGAACGCUCGCUGAAGCCUCUGCCGCCUUUAUGAGUUGACAAAAUGGGUUUAUUAGCUCUGAUCGUGUUGGUGUGCUGGUGCUGUUCGGGUGAAAGCGCAGGGGAGGAUCCGCCCAUUCAAACAUUUGUGAUUCCUCACAGCCACAUGGAUGUAGGCUGGGUGUACACCGUUCAGGAGAGCAUGCACGCCUAUGCAGCCAACGUGUACAGCAGUGUCACAGAGGAGCUGUCAAAGGCGAAGGAGCGCAGGUUUAUCUCCGUGGAGCAGGAGUUCUUCAGACUGUGGUGGGACUCUGUGGCCUCAGAGGCUCAGAGGAGACAAGCCCGACAGCUUGUGAAGGAAGGCCGGCUGGAGUUCGUCCUCGGAGGCCAGGUGAUGCACGACGAGGCGGUGACGGACCUGGAAGACGAGAUCCUGCAGCUGACGGAGGGCCACGGCUUCCUGUACCAAACGUUCGGCGCGCGCCCGCAGUUCUCCUGGCACGUGGAUCCGUUCGGCGCCUCGGCCACCACGCCGGUGCUGUUCGCCCUGGCCGGCUUUAACGCCCACCUCGUCUCGCGCGUCGACUACGACCUCAAAGACAGGAUGCAGGAAGCGAAGGAACUGCAGUUUGUGUGGAGAGGGUCUCCCUCAUUAAAAGCCCGGCAGGAGAUCUUCACCCACACCAUGGACCAGUACAGCUACUGCACUCCGUCUCACCUGCCGUUCUCCAACAGGUCCGGUUUCUACUGGAACGGCGUGGCGUUGUUCCCCGACCCGCCCAAAGACGGGCUCUACCCCAACAUGAGCCUCCCCGUCACCAAGGAGACGGUGCGGCCGUACGCCGAGACCAUGGCGGGGAACAUCAAGCAGAGGGCGGCGUGGUUCAGGACCAACCAUGUGCUCUGGCCGUGGGGCUGCGACAAACAGUUUUACAACUCGUCGGUGCAGUUCAGAAACAUGGACCCUCUGAUGACGUACAUCAACCAGAACAGCAAGGAGUUGGGCGUAACGGUGCGAUACGCCACUCUGAGCGAGUACUUCCAGGCGGUCCACCAGUCCAACCUUACCUGGGACGUCCGUGGCAGCGAGGACUUCCUGCCGUAUUCAACAGAGCCUUACCAGGCAUGGACGGGCUUCUACGCCUCCAGAAACGUCCUGAAGGGAGUGGCGAGGCGGGCCAGCUCCCAGCUGCACGCAGCAGAGACUCUCUUCUCCCGGUACCGGCUCAGCUUCCCUGACGGACCAGUAGCUAAAAGCUGGGCUCUGGAUAAACUCAGGGCUCUGCGCUGGGCUGUCUCAGAGGUCCAGCACCAUGACGGCAUCACUGGUACCGAGUCCCCCAAAGUGGCGGAAAUGUACGUGCAGCACCUGCAGCAGGCCAUGAUGGGAGCCGAGGAGCUCCUAGCCGCGCUCUUUCUGCUGCCGCGUAACCGGGCCGGUACCAGCGCAGGCUUCCAGGGAGGAGGUUCUGACCGCGCUCUGGAGCAACACGUGAUGGUUUACAACCCGCUGGCGUGGAACGUCACCGCCAUCGUUAACGUCACCGCGGCGUUCCCGAGUGCAGCCGUUUACGACGACGACGGGCAGCCCGUCCCCGCGCAGAUCCAGAGGUCGGCGCAGUCCAGCGCCUCCUUCGACCUUUUCUUCGUGGUGCAGCUCGGCGGCCUUCAGCACAGGAAGUACUCCGUUCAGUUCUCUGAGACGCCGUGUUCUGAGGGGUCCAGCUGCGGGCGCACGUAUGAAGCCAGAGGAGUGGCGUUGGAGCGGCGGCGCGUCAGGGACUGGAGGAGGACGGGCCGGCGGCUGCUGCCCGUUCUGAACGGCUGCUACAAGCUCAUGUUUGACCAGGACACCAACCUCCUGCACAGCGCCACCUACCUAAAGGAGCACAGGCGGGUCCGGUUGACGCAGGAUUUCUGGGAAUACGACGCCAACGGAGACGUGAGAGCAGGGCCCAUCUCUGACAACUACGUGUUCAGCGCUAACGGCUCGGCUGUCCGGGCCUACGCGGCCGUGGAGAUGGAGAUCAUCCCGGGACGGGUGCUCACUGAGAUCAGGCAGCGCUUCUACAGAGAGGACCUGGAUAAGGACUACGCCUACUCGAUCACCACCCGUGUGCCGGGAUCUGCAGAGGCCGGGCUGCCGUGCCACAGGCUGGAGCAGACCUACUCCCUGGGGCCCCUGCACCUCAACACAGAAGUGGUCCUCAGAACCAGCUCCUCCCUCGAGAACAACAAGACUCUGUACUCUGAUGACAACGGCUACCAGAUGAUGAAGAGAACCUACAAGAGAUUCGCCAACAACACCGUAGCGAGGAAUUACUUCCCCAUGGUCCGCGCCGCCUACAUCGAGGACCACCUCAGCCGCCUGGUGCUGCUCAGCGACAGAGCUCACGGCGUGUCCAGUCAAGCCGGCGGACAGCUGGAAGUGAUGCUCCAUCGCCGCCUUUGGAACAACCUGCAGUGGAACCUGGGCUACAACCUGACCCUGAACGACAGCUCGGUGGUGAGGCCCACCCUCUGGAUGAUGCUGGGCUCUGUGGACGCCACCUCCAGGCUGUACCAGAGGGGGGCGGUAGAGCUGCAGCACAGGCCGGUCGUCAUGCCAAUAGACAAGCCAAGGAGCGCCUGGCAGGAAAAAGAGCCCAGAUUCAACUCUCCAGUGCCUCCAGUUGUUUUCCCUCCCAACCUCCACCUGCUCAGCCUCAGCAUCCUAGGAUGGAACUACAGCUCCAACCACGACCUUCACCUCAGCCACCUCCAUUCAGGUAAGGUGACGCCCCCUGAGCCAGACUAUGAUCGGGUUCUGCUGCGAGUAAUGCACCUGUUUGAGGAGGGAGAGGACGCCGAGCUUUCCAAGCCUGUCACAGUGAACCUAAAGGAUGCUUUGAAGGGCUUAGGGGAAGUGAGGGACCUGGAGGAGCGUUCUCUCACAGGAACCUGGAAUGUCACAAGUCUGCAAAGGUGGAAGUGGAAAACUGCGGAUGCCCACGGAAAAAAAAAUGAACGGAAUGGGAGCAGUCAGGAUAAAGACUUCACCGUCACCAUCUCGCCCAAAGAAAUCAGGACCUUCUUCGUUCACUUCAGCUCCAGGAACCGUUAGACCGACCCUCAGUUUCCGUCUUCUGUGAAGACGGCGUCUCUUUUGACAAAUGAUGCUACUUUAGAUUUAAUCAUUUGCUGCUUAAUGAUUCAAUGCAGUUUGUGCACAAUGUCUUGACUUAUUUUUUUUUUUUCUUAAACGGGCAAUGAUGUGUAAAUGUAUGAAUUUCUGUCUCCGACGGAUUAAAGUGAUUAUUUUUC